CGGUGCGAGAAUCGACCAGAGUCCGCGCAGCUUUUAAGCCGUCGACGAGGACGAUGUCAUCCCAUGUAUUGGCGAUCGAGCGCAACUCGUGGAGCAACGUUCUAAAUUUUCGAUGAAUAGACGCAUCGGAAGCCCUUGAUGGUGAUGCUGGCGUCACUGAUUUCUUUACUUGUGACACGGGGGAUGAUGUUGGCGUAGACGGGCCAUGAAAUGAUGCUAGGCGCUUGCUCAUGAAUGGAGCCCAAGGGGUAUUUGUUUAUUUCAAAAGCCUUUACCAAAUAGUAAAUAGCGUCAAUCCACUGAAUCGACUUGAAUGGCCUGCAUUUGCCGAUAUCGACCAUGUCUGACAUUACUGCGGAUCACUCGUAUUUGUUGAGAUCAGCAGCUGAACUUGUACUGACCGAAGCUCGCAGACAAAAGGCAGAGAGAACGAAAUCUCUUGGGUCUCCAAUCCAGCUCACCGGCAACGCAAUCGACAUCCAGAUUCGUGGUAACUAUGCAUGGAUUGCUGAGAGUGCGCAUGUAGCGAAGAAGAUCGAUUUAGAGACAGGAAAAACCUUACAGAUAUACAGAGGUCACACCGCGCCGGUGACCUGUCUCGCCUUUUAUGACAGAUCCCCGAACUCGGGUGAUGAGAAGCUUCUGAUAACUGGGUCUUGGGACAAGACCAUUAAAAUAUGGGACACUGAUACAAAGGGCCUCAUCUCAACGACUGUUGCUCACGAUGAUUUUGUCAAAACUCUGCUCGUCGUGCCGUCUGUGAAGCUCUUGGUCAGCAGCAGCUCCGAUAAGAUCGUCAAAUUCUGGGAUUUAACCGAUGUUCUCGAUACGUCACCACAGCCUGCCGGGUCAGUCUCGGCUCAUAGUCGCCCAGUAGAAUGCAUUGCUGGCAUUGCCAACGCUGAUGGCUCCGUCACGCUCUUCACUGCCGACACCAUGGGAGUAUUGAAGGUGUGGAAGCUAGAAAAGGAGGGCGGGUCGCGACCUCGGUGGCGAAGCACUCUUCGGGACACUCUCAACCACCAUCGAACACGCAUCACUGAAAUCAUUUAUGAUGCAGGGUGCAUCUGGACAGCGUCAUCGGAUGAAACAAUUCAAGUAUUACCUUACCCACCAGGAUCUUCCGACCAGAAACCCACCCCACCCAUCACGCACCCAUUACCUGUGCGAGCGAUUCUUCCACUGGCGCUCUCCGAUCUUGAAGAGCCAUACAUCGUGACUGCAUACGGAGACGUCAUCCGCCUGUAUGAUGUCUCGACGCCAACCGAGCCGGAGGUUAUGGGGGAAAUUGACGCACACUGGCACGACGUCACUGCGCUGAGGUUGUGGGUUCAUAAGAGUCGCACAGACGACGGAAGAACACGCAUCGAGCCAUGGAUAGUCAGUACCAGUCUGGAUGGCACUAUUCGCAGAUGGCGAUUUAGUGAACUGCACGAUUCGAGGCCAGACAACCCUGCAGGACAGUCGAAAGCUACAGUUAUUGCUCCCACUCCCCAACCCAGAGGCGAUUCUAAGGAUCAAGUUGGGCUCACGGAGGAAGAAGAGAGAGAACUCGCAGAACUCAUGGAGGAAGAAUGA